CAAGUCGCCGCUCAGGUUACAAUCCGAUUUUUCUCGACUUCACGGCAAUGCAGCUCAUCCUCGUAACUCUCCUGGCCCUCGCCACUCUCGGCAUCAAUGCGAUCCCCGUCGAUACUCCUGAUGGCACGAUCGCUCCCCUUGAGCAUGAAGAGCUAACGCAUAUCUACUGGUCCCAUGAGGAAGAGAGCUACAUGCGAAAGCGUGAAGUUACCCCGGGACAUUCGUACACUCUCGACAAGGACGAGCCUUAUGGGGUGAGAGAUGAGGUUCCUAGUCCACCCGCCCACUCGUACACCCUAGAUGCGGACGAAAGCCUCAAGACCAAGCGCGAGGAGCCGAGCCACGUACACACUCGACGAAGAUGAGGAGUACAAGGUCAAGCGCGAGAAGGCUCACUCCUACACUCUGGAUGAGGAUGAAGAGUACAAAGUUAAGGGCGGGAAGACUCACUACUACCACCUUGAUGAGCACUAGAAAUCCACGCAACUCAGAGCCACC